CAGAGGCUACGUGAGGUGACCAGUGGCUCGGAGUUCCUCAGGCUCCAGGUGGAGAGCGGAGGCUGUUCUGGGUUCCAGUAUAAGUUCUCCUUGGACACAGACAUGACAGAGGAGGACAGGGUGUUUGGCAUGGACGGGGCCCAUGUUGUGGUGGACACUGGGAGCCUCCAGCUGGUGAAAGGCAGCACCAUUGAAUAUUGUGAAGAGUUAAUCCGAAGUUCCUUCCAGCUGACAAAGAACCCUCAGGCCUCCCAAGGCUGCUCAUGUGGAGUAUCCUUCUCUAUCAAGCUGUGA